UUAAAAAUCGCUGUCAACGGUUCUAUGGCCGUUAAUAUUUUAUUAUUCGCACUUCAACUAUAUGCAGCAAUCAGUACUGGAUCCAUUUCUCUCUUUGCGACAAUGUCGGAUUCUUUUAUGGAUUUAUUAUCAACAGCUAUAUUAUUAUUCGCCGGAAAAGCAGCUAAUGUGAAAAACAUUUUACAAUAUCCAACCGGUAAAUCACGUGUAGAAACAGCCGGAAUUAUAGUAUUUUCAUCAUUGAUGACAACCGUAUCAAUUCAACUCAUUGUAGAAGCAAUCAAAUCACUUGUUAUGAAAGAGGAACAUAAACAAGUUAAUUUGAUUCCUAUACUAUUUGUAGCUUUUGGCUUAGCCGCCAAGACCGUGCUUUCAAUUUAUUGUUGGACACAACGUAAAUUUCAAACGGCUCGCAUUCUCGCACAAGAUCACCGAAAUGAUUUGGUUAUCAAUUCCUUUGGCUUGGUUAUGGCAUUGUUAGGAACAAAUCUUUUGUGGUGGAUAGAUCCUGCCGGUGCUAUAAUUAUAGCAUUAUUUAUUUUUUGGAGCUGGACGAAUACUGCUUAUGCAUUAACACAUCAUCCGAAAGUUCUUCAAGUUGAUACUUGCCGGGCUUAUCAUGCAGGAGCUAACCUUUUUGUGGAAGUAGAUAUUGUUAUGGAUCGAGAAACUCCUCUUUGGGAAAGUCAUGAUAUUGGUGAAAGUCUUCAAAUUAAAUUAGAAAAAUUGGCAAAUGUAGAAAGAGCUUUUGUACAUGUUGAUUAUGAGACAAGUCAUAAACCUGAACAUCAAAAGGAGGAAUAA